AUGUCGGUAUCCAGGAAAGAUUGGUCCGCUCGGAUCGAUGAUUCUCUUUGGGCAUACAGAACCGCGUACAAAGCACCAACUGGUGCCUCACCUUUCCAAAUGGUUUAUGGUAAGCCAUGUCAUUUACCUGUAGAAAUAGAGCACAAAGCUUUGUGGGCUCUACGCUUCUUUAAUAGAGAUGACAAUCUGGCAUUCAAGAAAAGGAAAGAACAACUCCACGAGCUGGAAGAGUUCAGGUACUUAGCAUAUGAGUCCAACAAAAUGUACAAGGAAAAUAUGAAAAGAUAUCGAGACAAGAAACUCAAAAAGAAGGAAUUUAAGGUCGGAGAUCUUGUACUUCUAUUUAAUUCUAGGCUAAGACUUUUCCCAGGUAAACUAAAAUCUAAAUGGUCAGGACCAUUCGUGGUCAAGGAAGUCAAACCAUAUGGAGCUAUUGUCAUUGAAGAUAGCAAAACCAAAGAAAGUUGGACGGUUAAUGGAGAAAGAUUAAAGGUUUACCUUGGAGGAGAAUUUGAUCGGGAAGUAUGCAUUCUCGAGCUUCUAAGAACUUAA